UAUGAGCCACUAUCCAUUCUACAUGAUCCAUGUACAACUAUAAUAAAGCGGUAGAAGUUUUGGCGCCAAUUAUAACUUUUUUGGGUCUAAAAACAAGUUCGGUUUUUCUAUUCGUUUAAGUUUCCAUGUUAUAAUGGAAGCAGCUACAGAAACUGAAGUGGCUAUCGAAAAUAAGGAAAAUAAUCUCGAACAAGCUGCUGUCCCGACCAAAAAAGAGCAACUAGUCAUCGACACGUGCUUUACGGAUGCUUUGAAGAUCUACUAUGACCGACUUUUUCCAGUUAACCUAUUUUACAAAUGGCUGAGUUACGGAAGAGAUCCUGCCGAGGGAUAUUUUGUAAAUCGAGAAUUUUCAUUUACACUUGAGGGAGACAUCUAUUUGCGAUAUUUAUCAUUUAAGGAUAAUAUCAACUUCAAAGCAGACCUCAUUAAAAAUAUCCCGAUCAAGAUUGAUCUCGGCGCAGUCUACGACUACAUCAACGACAAGUCGAGCAGAAAACCACGCGAACGCGAGUAUGUCCUGGAUAUUGACAUGACUGAUUUUGACGACGUCCGUUCUUGUUGUUCGGCAACCGACAUCUGUUUACGCUGUUGGCCAUUUAUGACGAUUGCUAUUCGUUGUUUAAAUGCCGCCCUAACAGAGGAUUUCGGAUUCCGACAUCUCCUUUGGGUAUAUUCGGGUCGUCGAGGCAUCCACUGUUGGGUAGCAGAUCGUAUGUCACGAGAAAUGUCAUCAUCAUGCCGAGGCGCAGUCACCAACUACCUAGACGUUCUCACCGAGGUUAACCCUAAACGCCCUAAAAUCCUCUUCAAGAUGCAUCCAGCCCUCGAACGGGCUGCUGGCAUCAUGCGCAAGUACAUGGACGAUAUGGUUGUGCACAAACAGAAAUGGGCCGACAGUACUGACUGGUGGACAAAAGUAUUAAAAAUGUGCCUUGAUAUAGACUUACGUGACAACCUUGAGAAACGCGUCCUGGAAGCGAAAGACGGAAUAACCCGUUGGGAAGUUUUCAAAGCUCUCGCCGAUAACAGACAAAGCAAAAAGCAUCCGUUCUACUUUGAAGAAUUACUUUUUCAUUUACUAUAUCCGCGACUAGACGUAAACGUUUCGAUGGGACUUAAUCACCUUCUCAAGGCACCUUUUUGUCUACACCCCAAAACUGGGCGUGUGUGUGUGCCCAUUGACGUCGACAACGUGGAUGAAUUUGAUCCGUUUAGUGUACCAACAGGCAGCUCGCUGCUAGCUGAACUGGACGCGUACAUAAGAGGUGAAACAGAAAAUUUGGCUGACUUCAAGAAGACUUCCCUGAAGCCAUACGUCGAAUAUUUUGGAAGUUUCGUCCGCCGUCUGCUUGCGAAGGCGCCUCAUAGGCCCGGUACGCGCAUGCCUACGCGAAUACGACGAUCUGGACUUUUGAAUUUUGCGGUUGUGUGAAUUGUGUGAACAAAACGUAGAUCAAGCUACGAAUAAAGUUUCCCUUUAAUCAACGGA